AUGGUGUUGAAGGUGACACAAGGCUUGCGUGUCGCAAGGCAAUAUGGCUGGGCACGAUGGUGCCGAGGGCAACAUAAAGCUUGCGUGUCGCAGAGCGAUGUGGCUAGGCACGGGGGGUGCCGAAGGCAACACAAAGCUUGCGUGUCGCAAGGCAAUGUGGCUGAGCACGAAGGUGCCGAAGGUAACACAAAGCUUGCACGUCGUAGAGCGAUGUGGCUAGGCAUGAUGGUGCCGAAGGCGACACAAGAUGUGGCUAGGCACGAUGGUGCCGGAGGCGACACAAAGCUUGCGUGUCGCAAGGCAAUGUGGUUAGGCAUGAUGGUGCCGAAGGUGACACAAGAUGUGGCUAGGCACGGGUGUGCCGAAGGCAACACAAAGCUUGCGUAUCGCAGAGCGAUGUGGCUAGGCACGGGGGGUGCCGAAGGCAACACAAAGCUUGCGUGUCGCAAGGCAAUGUGGCUGAGCACGAAGGUGCCGAAGGCACGAUGGUGCCGGAGGCGACACAAAGCUUGCAUGUCGCAAGGCAAUGUGGUUAGGCAUGAUGGUGCCGAGGGCAACAUAAAGCUUGUGUGUUGCAAGGCAAUGUGGCUAGGCAGAUGGGUGCUGAAGGCAUCUUUCAUGCCGAUUGAUAGUUGGGUGCCGAAGGCAUCGCUCAAGCUAUAUGAUGAAGAUUGUAUGGGUGCCGAAGGGCACUGA